CUCUCCCACUCAUUCAGUUCUGACCAGCGCAGCUUGGCACAAUUAGCCCUACUGCACUGGGGCGCCCUUUUAUCAACCUUUGUGGUGGAUAUGCAGUGAUUACAUGUCUCGAUUAACGGAGUUGACAGAGGUUGGACAAUGUGCUAAUGAUGUCACCAUUCAGUGGAUGGGUUUUGCACCUUGGUUUAUUAAUUUUUUUUCCAGAGCAAGAGUAUCAGUCUGACUCUUAAGUGAGCCUCUAUCUUCCAAGUUAAAGUCACAGUGUAAAAAGCCCCAGCAGUCUACUAAGGCUGUGUCUGUAUGGAUGGGAAUGGGAACACGGGCUACCUGCAAUAACCAUGAACAAAUUAAAUGGAAACUUCACGUUUUCAUCAUACUUCUGCUUGUUCUCUUGUUAACUUCACAAGCAUGGGCCCAGUGUAGGAUCUUGAGGUGCAACUCAGAAUUUGUAGCUGCAACAUUAGACCUGGGAGGCAGUGGUGGUGGUGGUGGUGGUGGUGGUGGUGGGAAAGAUGCAGGCAAUGUGGGUUACUGCAGUGCCCUGCGUUCCUACGCCACCUGCACCCGGCGCACUGCCCGCGCCUGCCGUGGAGACCUGGCAUAUCAUUCUGCAGUGCAGGGCAUCGAGGACUUGCUCAUCCAGCACCGCUGUCCUAAAUCAGGGCCGACAGCUCAACCCCGGCCUCUACCUCAGGCCCCGGUAUCUGGGGAUGCCUGCUUUUAUGAGAAAAGCUAUGUGCAGCGUGAAGGCCGUGCACCGGAGUACCUGCACUGUGGUGUGUUUGGAGACCCUCAUAUCCGCACUUUUAACAAUGAGUUCCAGACGUGUGCUGUACCUGGAGCCUGGCCCCUUAUUGACAACCAGUUUCUCUACAUACAGGCCACAAGCUCACAAACUAGCGAGAGCUCUCAUGCCACUGCACUCACCAAGAUCACAAUAAUUUUUAAAAACUGGCGGGAGUGUGCUGAGCAGCAGAUUUACCAAGCAGAGGUGGACAAUGUCCCUGCAGCAUUUGUAGAUGGUUCUACAAGCAGUGGUGAGCGACGAGGUCAGCACAGCCUGCAGGUGCGUUCCCAGGCCCUGGGACGCCAUGCGGAGAUCUGGGCAGCGCACAUUGGCACAACAGUGGUGGUACGUCAGAGCGGCCACUCACUGGGGCUGGCUGUGCGCUCCCCGCGGGCUAUUACUGAGUCAUAUACCCCUGAGCAGGACCUGCAGCUGUGUCUGUGGGGAUGUCCAGCCUCUCAGCGCUUACACACACCGUCUGUAUGGCCCACCACACUUGCAUACAUACACUGCUCAUCUCUACUACCAGCCCAGGACGUCUACUUCCAGGCAUGCCUUUUUGAUCUGCUGGCCACUGGAGACAUGAACUCCAGCUCAUCUGCACUCGAGGCUUUGGAGGAUGCCCGAGCCAUGAUUGCUGACCCAGAAAAGGUGCAUCUAGUGGCAGCUGCAGCAAGCAGGCAACCACCAUGUCCCAUAGCAGUAUUCAUGACUUUAAUUACAUUUAUACUCAUAUUUUAAAUGUGAUUAUACUGAUAUCACUCAAAUGGCAGCUAUUUCCUAUUUUGAGAUGUAAAAAAUAUCAGUUAUACCUCUUUUAUGUCAUAUAUUUUCUCAGAACCUUGGUAACUGAACAAUCUAACUGAUUUUUUGUAAGAUCAUUUCGAAAAAUGGGUUAAUAUGUCCUGAUAUAUGAUUGUAUGUGACCUGCAAUAUGCUCCAGGAAAGUGGGAUGUUAUUUUUAUUUUCAGAUCUAAGUUAAAGAGACAAAAUAUUUCAAUACUCGAAUAUUAUUUAAUGUAUCCAUCUUUGUUUUCAUAUGCCUAGUUUGAAAGAUUUAUAACUGCAAUGACUGUCCAAUGGGAUGUACUCAAGAAGACAGUCUGGAACUGUCUCUUAGGAAAUUCAGUAUUUGUUAUUUAAGUAAUGUUAAUGAAAUCUUGGUCAAAUUUGCUAUGCCUUUUUCAGUUUGUGUUAUAAAGAUCAAAAAGUAUUAGAAUGUAGGGCUUCUGUUACCCAAAACAAUGGCUCCCAGUUUUAAAAAUCCAGCUACUGUUUCCAUACAGUCAAAUUUUGACAUUCAAAUAUUUUUAAUGUGCCUACAUAAAUACAAAUA